AUGAGUCGUGCAUCAUGCCCUCAGCCCCUGUCUAGCUCGGUAGUUUCUGUGUCACUCGCUCAAACGCCACGUGUCAUUUCACAACAGAUGAUGGGGAGGGGUGGCCAAGGCACAUCGGCAGUGGGGCAGCAUAUCGGACCUGCCGCUACCUUCCCAGCAGGUGCCGCAGCGCGGGCGCCUGCACCUGCAUGA